AUGCUCAACAACACGCUGUUUCGUCGAAGCUCGUUCAAUUGGAUCAAACAAUACGCUGAAUUCCUCAACCAGAUUCCUAAGGUCAGACCCAAACCGGCCAUCCGGCGAAAAAACCGUUGGAAAAGAAGAACCCAGUUCCCCUCGCGGACCAUCAACCUCAACAGGCACAGGCACACAAACAAAGAGUUCGUUUGA